AUGGAAGGAUUAGACACAUCUUAUGCAGUGGAUGAGGAUUCAGUGAGGUUGGUGAUCAAAGGCCAGGAUAUUGAGCUAGAAAUAAUUAGCACAAUUAUGAUAACCAUAGAUCUCUCAAGCAACCAUUUUGAAGGCGUGAUUCCGAAAGCACUAAUGGAUCUUGGCUCACUUUGGCUACUCAAUUUAUCGCAUAACAAUUUCAGAGGGUAUAUUCCAAUGGAACUGGGACAAUUGAAUAUGCUUGAAGUGUUAGAUCUCUCUUGGAAUCUGCUCAUUGGAAAUAUUCCGCAGGAAUUGACAAGGCUAACAUUUCUGGAAAAGUUAAACCUCUCUCAGAAUCUUCUUGUCGGACCCAUUCCUCAAGGUUCACAAUUCGACACAUUUUCAAAUGACUCGUAUGGUGGCAACCUUGAUUUAUGUGGUUUUCCUUUAUCAAAGCAAUGUGGAACGAGUGAUCCAUCACAUGUUCCUCACCCAUUGGAGUCGGAUGAAGAAGAUGAUUCAUAUUUUGCGAGUGGAUUUACAUGCGAAUCAGUGGUCAUAGGCUACAAUUGUGGACUUCUUGUUGGAACUGUCAUGUGGAGCCUCAUGUUUAAAGCUCGCAAGCCAAAAUGGGUUGUGGAAUUUCUUGAAGGUGCUUUUCCCAAGAAAAUGAGAAGGGCACAGAAGAGAAGGCUGAGACGGCGGACUUAA